UAGGCACCCACGAAAAUGGUUCGAGGGCCUUCAUUUGCGACCACCAUCCUUGUGAUCCUACUGGCCUGGAGUGGCUAUAAUCCCACCACAGCCAUUCGCCUGGCGCAGCUCAGUGACCAGCAGCUGGAGUGGUUUUCAAAGGCGAGAGGAGCAGGAUCUAACUUCCAGAACCGUGUGAUCGAUGGCGAGGAUGCGGAGUUGGGCGAGGCCAAGUACCAAAUAUCGCUGCAGGGCAUGUACGGCGGUCACAUUUGCGGCGGAGCCAUCAUCGACGAACGCCAUGUCGUGACGGCGGCCCACUGCGUCUAUGGUUAUAAUCCCACGUACCUGCGAGUGAUCACAGGAACUGUGCGAUAUGCCGUGCCGGGUGCCACUUAUUUCGUGGAGGAGCACUGGAUACACUGCAACUACAAUAGUCCGUCGUACCACAACGAUAUUGCCUUGAUCCGUCUGAACGAUACGAUUAAGUUCGAUGAGUACACUCAGCCGGCUGAGCUGCCCACUGCCCCACUGGCCAAUGGGACGCAACUGCUCCUCACGGGCUGGGGUUCCACGGAACUCUGGGGCGAAACCCCCGAUGUCCUGCAGAAGGCGUAUCUUACGCAUGUGGACUACCCGACGUGCCAGGGGAUAUUGAACAACGAUCCGUUUAACGGGCCUUGCCAUAUCUGCACUUUGACGAUCGGAGGACAGGGAGCUUGUCACGGCGACUCCGGCGGUCCGCUGACCUACAAUGGAGUGCUCUACGGUCUGGUCAAUUGGGGCCACCCCUGCGCCAUUGGUGUCCCGGACAGCCACGCCUAUGUGUACUAUUACCUGGAAUGGAUCAGGAGUAUGAUAUCGGGGCCCUGCAGCAUCUGUUACUGCUACGCCAGCAACUAUCCCAGCCUGUGAUCAAAAAAGGAAUACUUUGCAUCGAGUAAGUUGCUAGGUCACGACAACAAUACCAUGUGUUCUACCAAUUAAAAAUGCCUAGGUAAGGUGAUAACUUAACUAAUUUCUCAAUAACAAUGUACAAGUUAUUGUCCAAAUAAAGGUGAACUAAAUAAUUUUUAAAA